AUGUUUUUAGUAAAUUGUUUAAAAAAGAUUAUAACUCCAGUGCCUAAUUGCCAGCACUAUUAAAGAAAUUGUGAUAAGAAAGCUCCUUGCUGUGGUAAGUUUUACCCUUGCAGGCUUUGUCACGACUCGGAUUAGAAGGGAUCAAUUUCUGAUAGAUGCAAUACAGAAAUCAUGGAUCGAUACAAUGUCACCGUAAUAAGAUGUCGUAAAUGCUUAUGUGAACAACCCCCAACUAAUAAGUGUAUAUAAUGCGGAAUAAAAUUUGCUAAAUAUUUUUGUUCCAUUUGUAAAUUAUAUGAUGACGAUCCUAAUAAAGACAUUUAUCAUUGUGAUUAAUGUAAUAUGUGCAGAAAAGUAAUUAUUAUAUACUAAUUUAGGGAGUUAAAGAGAACAAUUUUCAUUGUAAUACAUGCGGCAUCUGCUUAUCUAAAUCAAUAUAAAAUUCACAUAAAUGUUUAAAUCAAGCAGCCGAGAACGAUUGCCCUAUUUGUUUGUAAAAUUUAAAGGCUUCUACAAGUUAUAUUAUGUAAUUACCUAAUUGCGCGCACUUCAUUCAUUCAAAAUGCUUCAAUUAACUAAUUUAGUCCAAUUAAAGAAAUUGCCCAAUUUGUAGCAUUCCUAUAUUUGUAAAUAUUAGAUAUAUUAAAGAAAAUGUCUGUAAAUGAGAUUGAAUAGUAUGAUAAAUUAGCCGAAGAUGCAAAAAAAUUAUUAUCUCCUCAAGCCUAGAUGUUAAAAGUGUAAAUCAAAUGCUUGGAUUGUAGAGAAAUUUCGAAGGAUAUCACUUCUAACUACUAUCUAAAAUGCAAUCACUGUGGAUCAUACAAUACAAAAUAAUGA